AUGACAUCCCAAGUUAUCAACCAAGUUGCUAUUCUUACUCCCAAGCAAGGGAAGUUCGAUGAGCUCGCGGCUGAGAUUACCAACAUCACCAAAAAAGUGCAAGAGAACGAGCCCGAGACGCUUGUAUACUAUGCUUACGCUGAUGCCAAGAAAGAAGAGAUCAUUGUCGUUGAGAGAUAUGUGAACCAGGCUGCCUUGGACAAGCACCGAGGUUCUCCUUACUUCCAGGACCUUAUCAAGAAGGCUCCGGAGCUGUUGGGGAAGCCCUUGGAACUUAAGCUUGGCAACGAACUGCUUCAGGACUCCGCGCAGGUUGUCCGGAUGUAG